AUGGCGGAUUCUCUCGACGGACCUUUCUUUCCUCCAACCACCGAAACCUCCUCAACCCAGCCGUUACAUCCUUCGAUGGAUCACGAUACUGCAGAGGCUCAUGCAGGGCACAUCGAUCCGGACAGCUCGUACGUUCCCCGCCCUAAGCGCAUUGCAUGCGUCGUCUGCCGGCGAAGAAAAUUAAGAUGCGACGGGAGGAAACCAAGCUGUGGUACUUGUUCGAGGCUGGGACACGAAUGUGCGUACGAUGAAGUGCGCAAGAAAAGUGGUCCAAAGCGAGGUUAUGUGAAGCAGUUGGAGGCGCGUUUAGCCCAAGUCGAAACCUUACUGAAGACGCAGGAGGUGAACCCCUCCCACAACAGCCAAGGGAAUAGCGCCAACAUCACAGCACCGAAAGAGUUCGGCAUCCCGGAGGCGGUCCCGUUCACAAACAGUAUUGAUGCACCCAUGUCAUCCCCCGAAGGCGAAAUCAAUAAUAUCCAGUCAAACGAGACCUUCUUGACACCGGGGUUAGAUCGCACGGGUAAUUUUGGGUGGGACAUGAUAAGUUUGGGGCUGGAAGAACCUCUGCCUGACCGAGAAAUCAUUGACGAAUUAAACCAGAUCUACUUUGAGAAAAUCCACCCUUAUAUGCCCGUCUUACACCGUCUCAGACAUCUGGCAGCUAUGGAUCUAGCUCCAAGUGUACGACCUCCCGUGUGUUUGCAGUACAUUACCUGGUGCCAAGCUGCGUCUGUCAGCGAGAAAUACUCAAAUUUACAUGCGCUUUUCUACCAGCGAGCCCGCAAAUACGCAGAACUGGACGAAAUGAAGGGACUGGGGGAGAACAUCUUGUCUUUGCCGUACUGCCAAACUUGGUUGCUCAUCGGCACGUAUGAAUUUCGAAUGAUGUUCUUCCCCCGGGCAUGGCUCAGUGUUGGUAAAGCUGCAAGGUUAGCACUUAUGCUCGGUCUGAAUCGAUUGGACGGUAUGGGUCUUGAGGUAAAACAAUCAUUACCGCCCGCAAGAGAUUGGACAGAGAAGGAAGAACGACGAAGGGUGUUCUGGAUGGCUUUCUGUGUCGACCGUUUUGCAAGCGUCGGGACCGGAUGGCCAGUUCUUAUCGAUGAGAGAGAUGUCAAGACGAACCUACCUGCUACCGAAGAAGCGUUCGUCAAGAGCAAACCGCAGAGGACACUACGCGUUGAGGACAUUCUGGCGGGGGAUGGACUCUCCACCUUGUCGUCGUUCGGGAGUGUUUCUUUCAUGGCAUACAUGUUUGGACGGAACCUUUCACACCUGCAUCGCCCUGACCCUCAAGACAAUGACCAUGACCUGAAUGGGCUGUACUGGCAGCGGCACAGAUCGCACGAUAACGUACUACUGCACUUUUCCCUAGCAAUGCCCAACCAUCUCCGACUACCAGCUGGAAUGUCUGAUCCCAACGUCAUCUUCUGUAACAUGGCGAUCCACACUUCCACAAUAUGCCUUCAUCAAGCCGCUAUCUUCAAGGCCGAGAAAAACAGGAUGCCCGAACAGAUCAUCACAGAAAGUAAACGAAGAUGUAUUGUUGCUGCUGACCAAAUCUCUAAUAUUAUGAAGAUGAUCAGCCACAUGGACCUAACGGCUUUAAAUCCUUUCAUGUCAUACUCUGUCUACGUCGCUGCGCGCGUCUUCGUACAGUAUCUCAAAUCCCGCCCCGACGACUCAGCUGCUCGUUCCUCUCUCGGAUUUGUCUUCACCGCACUCGAUGCCAUGAAGAAUAAGAACCCCUUGACCGAAUCUUUCCUUGUCCAGUUGGAUGUCGAUAUCGAAGGUACUCCAUUCCGAGACAUUCGACAAGCAAAAAGGCCUCGUCUCACAAACAAAGUGCAAACCAAGGGUCGCGGCUGCAACCCCCUCGUACCAUUAGACCAACACCAAAAGCAACAAUCUGCAAUUGAGGAAGGGCCCGCCAGGCUAUCAACUGGCCCACAGCAACACUACUACACGCCCUCAUCUCUACCCUCUCGUGAAGAGCAGAGCCUUCCACAACUACAGAACAGAAACCCUCCUUCUUCGGAUCCUUUCGCAAAAUCGCCGUUUAAUCUCAGCUCGGGAACUGAAUCUGGACCAGGGACUGACACAGGUCUUUCGCCUGAGUUCACCGACAAGAGUUCGAACAAUAGUCCAGUGUCAAACGAUACAUCAAUACUAAACGCGACUACCAUACACGACCCGUCUUCUUCCACCUACAUACCCCUGGGUCAGUCCUCGUCUCUCAAGCAGCAGCCAUCAACCUCAGCAUCUCUCAAUCAAGCCAACCAUCAACAAUCACAUACCUCUCUCAACACUAGUAGCGCAGUAAACAUGAGUAUGGGUACCACCCCAUUUGGCGCCUUUGAUAUCGAUUUCUCUUCCCAGUUGUAUCCAACUGGCAUAGUAACUCCCCUCGACUCUAACGGUUCGGAAGGGUCUAUUCCCAUGCCUACGUGGGAUUUUGGCGCACCUCAAACUUCGAACGGUGAAAAUGUCGACAUGAUCACCACCGGCAUGGAAUCAUUAGAAGCACAGUGGGCACAGUUACUAGGCUCAGGUCCAGGUACAAGUACAGGCGCAGGCACAGGCACAGGCACAGGCUGGGACUCAUGGCGAAAUCAAGUAUAG